ACAGUUUUAAAACGCGUUGAGUGAUCUGUGUUUAGGAUCGGUAUUGAACUGCGGAAAUGAAUUAGAACGCUUAGAAUGGAUUAGAAUGACUUGAUUUAAUGCCUGUUCUUUUUACACGGGAAUUAAUGAACCUUUUGUUUUUAAAGAGUUUUUAAAAAGUCCCUGAAAAGAACUUGAUGCUUGGGAUUCCUGUGGUGAGAUCGAACCAGAAAGGCUUGGUACGAGUAACUAGAGAACAUGGGGAACUUUGUUGGAAGAGACGAACAACCGAACAGUGAAAAAGAUAUUAUUGAAUUACGUAUUUAUGAAAUAGUGGAAAAACUUUACCCAGAGCAUUGCGAGAAAAUUACUGGAAUGCUUCUUGAGGUGGAUGAAAAUGAACUAAAGGAGUUACUAGAAAAUCAAGAGGAGCUAAGUAACAGGAUUGAGAGAGCAGCGAUGGUUGUCAGACAAACUAGUACUGUUACAUUGGUGCCGACACAUGAUAUUGGUAACAAGGUUUAUGGAACUGUUCAGCAGUUAUAUCCUGUAUUUGCCAGACAAAUCACAGGGAUGUUAUUAGAAUUGGGAGAAGGACGUCUUGUUGAGUUGCUGGACAAUAAAGAUCAGUUCAUUGAACACAUACACAAAGCUGCAGCAGUUACCAUGGAAACUGAAGUAAACAAGAAAGCCACAAGGAAGGACAAAAACACCCCAACCCAAAAACAAGACAAUGACAUCUCUAAAGCUGUUUCUUUAGAGGAGGAACAGGAAAAAGAACAGUUGGCUUGUCAAAUAUUCCUUAAAGUCGUAAAUCAACACCCUAAUACUGCAGAUCGAAUAACUGGUAUGCUUCUGGAAAUGGACAUUCCAAAUUUACGCGAGAUUAAUAAUGAUAAUGAAAUAUUGAUGGAAAAAGUUUCUCAAGCAGUUCAAGCUUUAGGGGAAGAAGAAAAAUCCUGUGGAAGUGAUGACAAAGAAAAUACACAUGGAUCACUAGGAAAGCAGGAAAAUGAAUCGUUUUUAAGACAAAUAGAAUCAGAAUUAAAUCUAAGCAAUCUCAAAAGACGGUUGGUUGGAUUAGAUGACGAUAUAAAAAAAGAGCUUAUUGGAGAAGAAUUAUACAAAAUAUUGUUGAAGAUUUACCCUCAUUAUGCUGAUAAAAUUACUGGAAUGCUGUUAGAGAUGGAUAUGAAUAUUCUUUUAGAGACAUUAGCAAACCCUGAACUUCUACAAAAUAGAGUUGAACAAGCUGUGGCAGCUCUUGAUGAUAAGAGCUAGCUACUCUAUCAGAUGGUAUUAACAAUAUUUUGGAUCUAUUUUUCAAGCUGGAAACUGCAUACUUACCAAGCAUCAGUUGCUAUGUCAUUCAAUCAUUGAACACAUGUUCACAUUAAACAAGUUAGUUUUGAGCA